AUGAAGAUAAGCGACCGAAUAAAGUCCCGCAUUCGCGGCAGGACUGAUAUGCCAACCGGGACUACUGCCGCUGAUGGAAGCCCGAGUACAAACGCGACUGAGCCAAGCUCCCAGCCUUCAACAGAUUCGGCGGAUCCAGGGGAAUCCGGAGUGAAGAAGCGGGGGUUAUUCCUACUCGUGGAAAGUAAGCCGGAUCCGAGUGGCGUUGAAGACUACCCCGUCGACAUCGUUGCGGUGCAUGGUCUCAACGGGGACGCAUACUCGACCUGGCGCCAUAAGCCAGAUGGAACUCUAUGGCUUGAGGACCUCCUCCCAGAUUCCCUCCCUGGAUCUCGAAUCUAUACUUAUGGCUAUCCUUCCAAGGUCUUCUCACAGUCGGUGGCACGUGUCCAGGAAUUUGCACGGGACCUAUUGGUUUCCUUGAGGGAUACCAUCGAAAACUCAACCCAUGGUAAACGUCCCAUCAUUUUUAUAUGCCAUAGCCUUGGUGGAAUUGUUUUCAAACAGGCACUUGUGACUGCUCACGAGGACAAUAACCGCUAUGGAGAAGUCUUGCAGUCAAUAGCAGGCGUUGUCUUCCUAGCCACUCCACACAGAGGUAGUCAGUCUGCAAAUCUCGGUCACAUCGUUGGGACAAUCGUUAAUACCUUUCGAACAACGGUGACUGCCGGAUUGGGACCAAGGCUUGUGAGAACAGAUUUACUGCAGACCCUGAUUUACGACAACGAUACCCUCGAAGACCUAAGCAUGUCAGCACGAAGCAGGCUAGGUAAUAUCGCCGUGGUCUCUUGCUACGAGAACGAGCCCACAGCUCCGUCCCAGUCCUUGAUUGUCACCCGUGCGUCAGCAACACUGAAUAUUCCAAAUGAGGAACCAAUCCCCAUGCAUGAAGACCACAAGAGUAUCUGCCGUUUUCCGGGCAAGACAGAUAGCUACAAGAAAGUUGCAAAAGCCCUCCAGAGGAUUGCUUCUCAAUGUUUGAUCAACAAUCCCGUGCUUAAACGUGCGAGCACUCACUCCUCUAUCCUUGUCUUUAGCGACUUAGAAAGAACAUGCAUGGCUCUUCUAAAUGACCAUGAUGCCGCAAAAGACACAGCGCCUCCCCCAAAGCCACUCCCGGGCACCUGUCAAUGGGUUUAUAGCCACCACAUCUUUGGAAGUUGGCUUGGCCAAAACAGCAGUGCUCUCCUCUGGUUAACUGGCCACCCUGGCUCAGGAAAGACAACGAUGUCUUACUCUUUAGCCGAAUACUUUAAGGACACCGCCGCGAAAUCAAACAACGUUCUAGUAUACCUGUGUCAGAACAAAAACAGGCAGACAGAUGGAAGGGCUGUUCUCAUUGGCCUGAUCCUCCAGAUCAUCGACCGCCAUCCUUCAUUAAUGAGACACAUUCGUCCUGUUUUUGAAAGGCAAGGGUCUAGUAUGAUCCAGUCCCUCGCCUUGCUGUGGCGUAUAUUUCUCAACCUCUUGAGGGAUGCGAAAAUGGGCUCUCCAUACAUCAUUAUCGACGCUCUCGAUGAGUGUGAAGAAGCUUCCUGUCGACAGCUUCUAGGGUCUAUCUUCGACAUGCUCGCUGAGUCGGGUUCGCUAGCGCAAGGUGGAAACACGGUCAAGUUUCUUAUAACGAGCCGUCCUUUUCUUCAUGACGCCUACGCAUCUACCAGAGAACCCUACAGAUCUCGCAUCUCCAUCGAUGAUGGCCAUGCUGGCUACGUUGACGAUCUCCGUCUUUUCAUCCAAAGACGAGUUGAUGAGAUCACCGCCAGUCGCCAAUUCCCGACUGAGAUCAGAGAUUUCUUAUUACAAGCAGCAACAUCCAAAGCCGAUUCAACUUUUCUAUGGAUCCAUAUGGUUUUUGCAUCCAUAGAGAAAAGCAUGCUUACAUCCAAAAAGGAUUUCCAAAAGAUAAUUGCCAGUAUUCCGAAAGACCUGAAGGAGGUUUAUCAACGGUGUUUUUCGGCUAUUCCUUCCCAUUAUCACGAUGACGCAUCGAACUUGAUCAAGCUGCUUCUGUCAUGCUCCAGACCUCUGCAUUUAGAUGAGCUCAACAUCGCUUUCACAGUCAACGACAUGCACAUCACAACAGAGGACAUGGUGUCAGAAGCUCAGUGUUCAAUCACCCACACCGUGCAGGGAAUCCUUGGCACCUUAGUGAGAGUGACAGGACGCCAUGUGUCACUCAUUCACCAGUCGUUAAAGGAGUAUCUGUUGGAGCAAGGUGAUGCCAAGUACGACAGUUUCCCGGCCAUGCGGAUGGUCAAUGCUCAGAGUUCCGCACUGCAACUGGCGACCGCUUGCAUCCGAUAUCUGCUCCUUCAGGAUUUUGAAACCGACUUCUUUCUGACAGAAGACAGCUCUUGCGAGGUAGAGCAUGACAUUGCGGACCUUUCAGAUGAUUCGUCCAUCACCAGAUUCGGUUCCAAUUUCUGGGACGACGAUGGUCCAGAUCUAGCCGCCGAUGUCGUGUUUGGUGAAACUGGCGCCCUUUAUCCAGACAUUUGUGACUCCAUGACCUCAGACUACGCCUUUUACAACUACGCCUCGCUACAUUGGGCAGAACACUAUGCCCUGUGUGAAGAGGUGGCUCCGGAUGAUCUAAGAGCAGCGGCCGAGUCACUUCUAGAUACCGACACGGCAAGCGGCCGUAAUUGGUUGCACUUCUACUACACACGAACCGACCACUCGAUUGAUGAUGAUAAUCUCGCCCAGCAAAGCCCCAUCUUGCUAGCAUCGCAGUUCAACUUGAACACUGUCUUGAACGGCCUGCUAUUUGGUCACAGCCCGUCACUAGACACCAAGAAUCGAAGUCUUUAUUUGGCUUCCAGGCUUGGACAUGACCGCAUCGUUGCCUCUUUACUUAAAAUCGAAGCUGAUCCCAAUGCGACAACAUCGGAUGGGCAGACACCGUUAACAGCUGCGUCUGAAUACGGCAACCUUGGAUGCGUUAUCGAGCUUCUAAAGGACAGUCGAACCGAUGCAGGCCUCACAGGGCGAAAGGGGAGAAACGCCCUGUCGUUUGCGUGUAGCAAUGGGCAUGAUGAGAUCGUCAAUCUGUUACUGCGUUGCAAUCUUUCGCUUGCAAACGAUACGGACACUUCGGGAGCAACUCCGUUAUUUUGGGCGGUAGGGGUAGGGCACCAGUCAACUAUCUUAACGUUAGCGAGAGUUCGAACUGUUGACCUCAAUCAUCAGGAUAAAGCAGGACGUACAGCUAUCUCAUGGGCAGCCGGCGAUGGUAUGGUCGACACGCUUGCAAGGCUGCUCAGACUUCCCAAGAUUGAUGUCAAUUUGAAAGACAAGAAAGGAAAGUCGCCCUUUUGUUGGGCAGCAGGCAAUGGCUGUGACGGAGCAGUUCGCCUACUUCUAAAAAAUAAGAAGGUGGAUAAGUCAGCUGUUGAUAACGAUCAACGCAAUGCUAUAUCGUGGGCCGCUGCUGGGGGACACCAUGACACUCUUGUAAGCCUUCUCGACGGAGGUUGCCCAGGUGUCGACGACGAAGAUAUCGACAAUUGGACGGCUUUGGCAUGGGCCACCCAGAUGGAUGUAGCCGACAUUAUCCGGGCGCUUGUGAAUAACGAUCGGGUUGAUAUAAAACGACGUGAUGGCGCUGGAAGGACUGCCUUGUCGUGGGCGGUAGAGUACGGCCAUGCACAGGUUGUCGGGGCUCUCUUGGAAGCAGGUGCUGACCCAGAAUCAAAGAGCAAGAGGGGAAGUACUCCCAUUUCUGUCGCUAAGCAAUUUGGAAGAGAUGAUCUACUGAGUCAGCUCAUGGAAUAUGUUCGAUAG